AUGCUCUCUUCAGAUAGCUCAAGGGAUUUGAUUGGUUGCUCUGAGUUUGGACACAGAUCCUGUGCUAAGAGCCUUAGGCCAGCUGGAAUAUGAGUGGUGAUGUAUCUGUUCAUAACAUCAACUUUCCUCCUCACCACCCUGAGGAUCCUGGCCAUCAUCCUUUCCAUAUCCUCCUUUAAGCAGCUUCAUUCUCCAACCAAUUUCCUCAUCCUCUCUAUGGCCAUUACAGACUUCCUGCUGGGCUGUGCCAUCAUGCCCUACAUCAUGGUGAGGUCUGUGGAGAACUGCUGGUAUUUUUGGACGACCUCCUGCAAAGUUCAUUACAGCUUCGACCUGGUGCUCUGCUUAGCUUCCAUUUUCCACCUCUGCUCCAUCGCCAUGAAUCGGUUCUAUGCCAUCUGCCACCCUCUGAGUUACAGCAGCACUGUGGUGGCUGUGGUCAUCAAACAGAUCGUGGCAAUGUGCCAGGCAGUGCCUGCUGCUUCUGCUUUUGCUCUGUUCUCAGAAGCUUAUGCUGCUGGGACUGAAGGCUAUGAAAUGAUGGUGAAAUGCUCCAGCUUGUGCCCCUAUCUUCUUACAGAAGCAGGGGGCUGCGGCUCCCGGGGCGAGCGGCGGGAAGUCUCGGCGUCCGCAGCCCCUCAGUUGAGUGCUGCCAUCUGCACGCCCGAGCGCCGGCGGCGCCCAGCACCACCCCUGCCGCUGGCCGCCCACGCCGCCGGGUGGAGCCGCGGCGCGGCCCCACCUCCCCGCGGCCCCACCUCCCCACGCCCCCGCCGUCACGGCGGGAUGGGGCGGGAGCGGGCACAGGGUCGGAUCCUUGCCUUCAGCACAGUGAAACGCCCUCCGUGCUCCCGCCGAGCCGAGAUGUUCUUUGUCUACCAGCAGCACAAGAAAUUUGGUACUUAG